AUGGCGCUCGUCGACGCUACUAAAGAUCUCAAGGCGAAGAUUGCGACUGUCAAGAGCAUCAAGCCUGUCGCCAAAGACCUCGCCAUCGUUGAUCCUCUCCCGACCGACGAAGAGUGGCUCGCGAUGAGUCCCGAGCAGCAGGCGGCAUACAAGCAACGCUAUGGCAUUGAGGACAACAGCGACGACGACGAAUCGGAGGUGGAGUGGGCGGACCACGCUCCGCAAACUAUGCGGGAAUACCAGGAGCUUGUGAAGGAAUGCGAACUCCGCUCCGCCGCUCUCCGUGACCUUCGUCGCGCUGGACACCGUGUCGGACGACUCCUGGGAAUCGAAGACGACGACGACCUGCUCCAAUACGACGAGGACCAAGACGAGGAAGACGAGGACUACGACGAGGACAGCUUCGAGGGAAACUCGUAG